AUGGCAUUCAAGGCAUGUGUGUUUGCACUGGCCGCCCUUGUGGUCGUCGCCAUCGCCCGUCCAGAUAGCCCGCCUACCUAUGGCUACUCUGCUCCCACACCCUCUUACGCACCCGCAAAGUACGACUUCAACUACGCCAAGGUGACCUACAAUGUGAACGGAGACUCCGGUUACGUGGCUGAUGUGACCUACGAGGGAGAGGCUCAGUACCCCACCCCAAAGGCCUCCUAUGGGCCUCCUCAGCCUUCCUACAAGCCACCUACCCCCUCAUAUGCCUGA